UUCCCCGUAGCUGUCUCAUCUGUGUGGCGAUCGCAGUGUCCUGUCUUUCCCGCUAUCUGGACACUGAAGAGGACUGCAGGUUCCGAGCGAGGGCGGCGAAAGAGUUUGGGCGAGGGAAGCGUGUCAGAAAGACAUUUCCAUGUCCAUUUUUGUCCCCCUUCUCUCUGCCGAGACGUGUUGAAGGAAGUGUCUGCAUCGUGUGGACUUACCUCCGCGUGAGUGACACUUGGGGUAGAUGAGACAGACCUGAGCACAGAGGCAGGAGUGUGCCCCCCCGCUCCCCCCCCCCUCCUCUUCUUCUUCUGGUCCACUCCUACUGUGUGUGGAUGACCUCUGCUCCACUAGUGUGUUCCUCAGCAUCAUGAACAAAAUGAAGAACUUUAAGAGGCGUUUCUCUUUAUCUGUUCCUCGCACCGAGACCAUUGAGGAGAAUGAAUUCACUGAGCAGAUCAACCAGCUCAACAUUCAGCACACUCAUGGUCUGACUCCAGACAGACUGGGUCCUCCAUCUCAUGAUGCCAGUCCAGUGAGUCCUGAACCGACCACACCAGGAGCUCAGUCUCCAUCCCAUCUCCACUACAACAGCAAGGCCCAACACAGACGUUUCUCCAUGGAGGAUGUCAGCAAACGUAUGUCCCUGCCCAUGGACAUCCGCCUGCCUCCGGAGUUUCUCCAGAAACUGCAGCUGGAGAGUGAAAACUCACCCCUCUGCAAACCUCUCAGUCGCAUGUCUCGACGCGCUUCACUGUCUGACAUAGGCUUUGGAAAACUGGAGACGUACGUGAAGCUCGGCAAACUCGGCGAGGGGACAUAUGCCACAGUGUUCAAAGGGCGAAGCAAACUAACCGAGAACCUGGUGGCAUUGAAAGAGAUCCGACUGGAGCACGAGGAGGGAGCACCGUGUACUGCAAUCAGAGAGGUGUCUCUACUGAAGAACCUGAAGCACGCCAACAUUGUGACGCUGCAUGACAUCAUCCACACCGAGCGGUGCCUCACGCUGGUGUUUGAGUAUCUCGACAGUGACCUCAAACAGUACCUGGACAACUGCGGGAAUCUCAUGAGCAUGCAUAAUGUCAAGAUCUUCAUGUUCCAGCUGCUUCGUGGUCUGUCCUACUGUCACAAGAGGAAAAUCCUCCACAGAGACCUAAAGCCUCAGAACCUCCUCAUCAAUGAUAAGGGCGAGCUCAAGCUGGCUGACUUUGGUCUGGCCAGAGCCAAGUCUGUCCCCACUAAGACCUACUCCAAUGAGGUGGUAACUCUGUGGUACAGGCCUCCUGACGUGCUUCUGGGCUCGACAGAAUACUCCACACCCAUUGACAUGUGGGGUGUGGGCUGUAUCCAGUUUGAGAUGGCAACAGGUCGUCCCAUGUUUCCUGGUGCCACAGUGAAGGAGGAGUUGCAUCUCAUUUUUAGGCUCAUGGGCACGCCUACGGAAGAUACUUGGCCUGGUAUUAGCAGUAAUGAGGAAUUUAGGUCUUACCUCUUUCCUCAGUACAGACCUCAAGCUCUCAUCAACCAUGUGCCAAGGUUGGACACAGAGGGAAUUGACCUGCUGUCUGCUCUGCUGCUGUAUGAUACCAGGAGCAGAAUCUCAGCCGAAGCCGCUCUGCGACACCAUUACUUCCAGACUCUGGGGGAUAACGUACACAAUUUGGCAGACACUGCCUCGGUGUUUUCCCUCAGAGAGGUGCAGCUCCAGAAAGACCCUGGCCACCGCAGCUCCUUGUUUCAGCCUUUAACUCGAGGAAAGAACCGAAGACAAAGCAUCUUCUAGAAGCCACACAGAGAGAGAGGAAGCGAGAGAGACGCACAUAGGAAGGAAGGCACUGGCUUGACAGUCCACAGCACGACGGCCAAACACAGCUCAGUACAGUCACGUCUCAGCUACAUACACACAAACUCACAGACACUUGCUUGUCUCUAUGUAGGAGGAACACCGAGGUCUCGGCGAAACAAACUUUUACCACAUACAACAUACACGUAUUUGCGUACAUUUGCACAAUCGGCAACUCUUUAACCACUGAUUUACUUAUUCUGCUGACACACACACACACAUACAUUUCAAUCCAAUACAUUCUGCACCACUGGAUUAAGACUUGCUUGACAUUUGACCACCAUGUAUCCUUUGUGUUCAGUACACACCUGGUAGCACAUCUGGAACUACAGAUUAAGAAUCACCUGACCAACACUGCGACAAACAAACAGUUGUAGUGGAAAUAGAUGUUUAUUUUCACAUUUUGCUAAAUGUUAUGGCUUUUCAGUUUGCUCUCUAGGCCAUAACUCAACAAUGUAGCUCAAAGAUACACUCACCCAGCUCAUUUUAGUAUUUGUGGAUACGCUCGGUACUUUUAAUUCUCUGAAGGAAGGGACACCACAACUGCUUCCCCCUCUGAGAAUUCUAACCAGAAACCACAAAUGAGGUGUCUUUGUUUUUCAUACUUCAUUUAUUCAAGUUAAAGUUGAGCUUUUCCCAGCAUGAAGCCUUCUCCAUAUAUUUUUUAUUUUGUUUUGUUGGCCUGGUGCUAUACAACACUUGCUAAAUAAUACAUUCAGAGUAUGUAUCUUUACAGUACAACCAUAUACCAUCAUGAGGCAGCUGCCCUCUAAAAAAUAAACAGUAGGAAAAGUUGAAUCUAAUACAGCUAAUGCAAAAUGUGUGACGCUAGUUCACCAGGUAACAGUAGUUCGCAAAACUGGUUAUUGUUUGUUAAAUAGUUAAAUUCAUUUGUUCUAGGUCAGAAGAUUUAUUGCCGGGGUGUGUUCCAUGAUCUCACUGCCUUGCUGUUGUAAAUACAUUGGACACUGAAAUGGUAGCAACAUAACUUCACUGGAUUCAAUAGUCAACAGAUUUGCCUCGCUCCUGUGUGGGGACUUGUUGUGUUAAACAGCUCACUUUCACUUCAGUUCUUGAAGUUGCCUUAGUAAACCGUGCAUGAUAUUUUGGCUUGUGACAAACCUCUAUUUGAGCUUGUGUAUCCAGUGUGUUAGAAGGCAUAUUUGCUUUGUGUCUGUAAAUAAGUCCUUGCAAGUGUGCGUAAUUCUUAGUGUCCUUUUUUGCACAAACCAGAAGUGUCCUCUGAAGCCUGCUCCCUUACCCUGAGUGUCUUACUUAACAUGAUUCCAAGAAAUGACCCCAUAUUGUACAAAAACCGCGUGACUCUAGAACUGAAACAUGGGAAGAUUAUGUCGUACAAGUACUUUCUCAUAGCAGUGAUGGGCUUGAGCGCAGACCAGAUCAGUGGUUUCCAAACGCUCUCUUUCAUCCCACUCCCCCCAAUCAAUGGACUCAUCCAAAUCCUGAUACCUGAUAUGGGCUCAAGCAAAAAUCAGCCUCCCUACUUUUACUGUUUUUGCAAUCUUUAUUUUGAUGUGACCUGCUACACGUACUUCAUAUGAUAGCGUCUAAAGGACAAAGAAAACUCACAAUCUAGCAACACAGUUAACAGCAUUAUUUUUGCUUAUUAACUGUAAUGUUAUCUGUGUUUUGUAAAUUGUAAUCACGUACAAGACUUAGUAUUGAUAUGACAGUAAUACGCCUUAUAGUCGUCUUUAAGAGUCAGUUAUAGACGAAUCCAGUUGCCUACAGCUGAUCCCUGAACACUACCGUUAUUAUUGAGUAACACAUCACUGCCCAACACUGUUAGUGAAUGAAGUGUGGGAAUAAAGGUAACAGAAGCUUCAUCUCUACCCUCUAUCCCCCUUCUUACUCUAUCGCACCUCCUCCUGCUCACUUCCAGCAGAAAUGGAAAUGAUGAGGGAGGCUGUCCCAGCGUAAACCAAUGACAUUACGUCACUGACCUGUGGGGUUUGAUCAGGCUUGUUUGGUAACUUAACCGUGCAAUAUAAAAGAGACAGUGUGUGUGGAAUACAAGAGCGGCUUCGUACUGUGUCACUUGCUUCCAGUCACUGAAAUGUUGCUGUUCUUUUAAGAUUAUAGAUUUGUUGCACAUGAAAACAUCGUCAUCAUUUAUUCACGAAGAGGACCAAUUUCUUUUUUUAGUUUGUUUUACUAUUUUAAGAUUGGAUUGGUCAUUUCCUUUGUAUUUAACCAUAUGAGACAUGUUGGGUAGAAAAAAAAAAAAAGAUUUGCUGAAGAUUUUUCACCCAAACGUCUUCCUCAGAUGUGACUGAUGGGUUUGCCUCAAAUGAACCCAUUUUUACUGUUUUGUCACUGAACAUUAGCACAUAAACGUGUUUUCUGAACAGCCACACUUCAGUUGGCUAAUAACUAAGUCUGCUGUCACAGAGACGGGUGAAAAUGCAGUAACCAUGUGGGAAUAAUACUGGACUGUCUUAGAAGGUACUCAUGCGUUUGCACCUGUCUGAAAACAGGUAAAUUUGGCUUUUCUCAUUUCAGAAAUGUAGUUAUAUGCUUCACAAACACAGCUUAUGGUUGUUGUAACUUUGGAAAUUGCCGAGUUCAUUGUUGAUGGCCGACUGGUUUAUGUCAUUUGGUCACCAAUUGUUUGGGGUUUGGGGGGGGGGAGGUUCUUUCCUUCAGACCAACAAAAUUGUUGAUGCCAGAUUUAGGGUCUGUUCUUCUAUAGAAAGUAUCAACACAGGGGUUAAAGGUGACAGUGCUCACCCUACAAAGGUCCAGCCACUGGUCUGAACACAAGCAGCCCUGAAAAUGAGAGGCAAAACAUCUACAACACAGUCAAGCACAUUAUUAUUAUGAUUAAGAUAAUAAUUGAUUAAGAUGUCAAAUUAUAGUUCAAUGACUUGCAUUCCUGUAUUCCAUAUGCUCGAUUCAUUUCUGACUUCUCAGAGAAGCCCAGUGAACCGGCUCACAUUUUGGUAUUAAAAAAAACAAAAAAAACAAUAACAUACGAAUAACAUCCUGAUUCCUGGAUUAUUUGAUCCACACAUUUUCAAAAUAUAAUGCUUGCCAAAAAGUAGAGGAGCAAUCAGAGGCCUCCUUUACUUAUUCAAUUUAGUGUUGCACAUUCCAUGUUCUUGUUCUGAAUAAGAGUUGGGGGCACUGCUCUUCCACCGUAAAUGUCUGAUUACACUGGCAUGUCGUUUUCAAAGCCCAAACCCAGGUGGUCAUAUGCACGCGUCGUGUGGUCAGAUGUAAACAAGCAAUGAUGGCACGGCGUGUGGGGUCGCCUUUUCAGCAAUAUAAUUAAAAUCUCUGUAUAUGAUGGUUUGACCCUCAGAGGCUGCAUGAAGAGACAAAUGAAGGUUAAAUGGCUGCUGAGAAAGUUUUUCUACCUCUAACAGUGAAUUAAGCUGAGGGAGGAAUAAUGUUGUGACCAUCCAGAUAAAUUCAGGGCAAAGCUCCAGGGACUUCAGAGGGAUGUUCUGUGGUCGUUACACUUCCGAACCUCCCCCCUUCCCCUCCCUCAGUGACCCAAGUAUUACUUUGUGUGUAGUUAAAUGCGUGUUAAAUUAUGCUAUUUUAAUGACAAAGAAAUAAUAUAUAUAUAUAUAUAUAUAUAUAUAACGUUUUCAUCUCUCUCAGUGAGUUGUAUGCUGUAUUGAAAAAAACAAAACAAACCCAGAACACUCUAAAAUAAGAAAGAAGAAAAAAGAAACUCAGCAGAUUAUGUCUAAAUGUUUUAUAAAAGAUAAGUUUAGAUUUUUGUAUGAGAUGUGAUAUUUUGUGUGAUACGUCUACGCCGUUCUAAAAUGAGAAAAUGAAUGUAUUGUCACUGCCAACAGACAUGAAAUUGAUGAAAUAAUUGAUCUAUUAAUCAAUAUACAUACUAUUAAAAUUAUGGAACACUCA